AUGGAAACUCUGCGAACAUCUGGGAUUCUUUCCUGUAAACUACCUCUGAAAUUAACAGAGACGCCUCUGAAUGUGGGUGUAUCUCGGCGAGUUGGUUUUGCUUACCUGCGGAAUCAAAGACGGACCAAUAUUCAAUCUCUCUGUCUUACGAAAUCACUAACGGAUAACAGUGGAGGUGGAUUCAGUAGUAGCUCUCAAGAUGGGUCUUCAAUCGUUGAAGAUGACAAGGAGGAGGGUCUUCUUUUGGGCACAGAGAGGGAUGAUUCUGGUUCUGUUGUUGGGUUUCACUUGAUUCCUCAAUCUGGAGACAGCAAGGUCAUUGACUCACAUGGUAAUGGAGCUAACGUUAGGGAGGAAGUGAGUGAGGACAUUGAGGGAGGAGAAGAACCCGCAACCCUGGUAACUCACAAUAUUGUUUUCGUUACUGCUGAAGCAGCACCAUAUUCAAAGACAGGAGGUUUAGGAGAUGUCUGUGGUUCUUUGCCUAUAGCAUUAGCUGCCCGUGGACAUCGUGUAAUGGUUGUCUCUCCUAGAUAUUUGGAUGGAGGUCUUUCGGAUGAAAAAUUCGCAGGUGCAGUUGACAGUAAGUGCCAAAUUAAGGUCUACUGCUUUGGAGGGGUGCAGGAGGUUGGUUUUUUUCACGAAUAUAAGGCUGGAGUUGAUUGGGUAUUUGUGGACCACCCUUCAUAUCACCGACCUGGAACUCCAUAUGGUGAUAUUUUUGGUGCUUUUGGUGAUAAUCAGUUUCGGUUCACUUUACUUUGUCACGCAGCAUGUGAAGCUCCCUUAGUGCUUCCAUUGGGAGGAUAUACCUAUGGAGAGAAAUGUUUGUUCCUCGCUAAUGAUUGGCAUGCCGGCCUGGUUCCAGUACUUUUGGCGGCCAAGUAUCGUCCAUAUGGAGUUUAUAAGGAUGCUAGGAGUAUCAUUGUAAUACAUAACCUUGCACAUCAGGGGGUGGAGCCUGCAGUAACUUACAAGAAUUUGGGAUUGCCACCAGAGUGGUAUGGAGCGCUAGAAUGGGUAUUCCCUACAUGGGCGAGAACGCACGCUCUUGACACUGGUGAAGCUGUCAAUGUUUUGAAAGGUGCAAUUGUGACUGCAGACAGGAUACUAACGGUUAGCCAGGGUUAUUCUUGGGAAAUAACGACUGCUGAAGGUGGAUAUGGUCUACAGGAGCUGUUGAGCAGUCGGAAGAUAGUUCUGAAUGGGAUCAUAAAUGGCAUUGAUGUCAAGGAAUGGGACCCAUCUUCGGAUAAGCAUAUUUCUUCCCAUUACUCCAUCGAUGACCUCUCUGGAAAGGUUCAAUGCAAGAUUGGUUUGCAAAAGGAAUUAGGCCUUCCGAGUAGGCCUGAUUGCCCAUUGAUUGGAUUCAUUGGAAGACUGGACUUCCAGAAAGGUGUUGAUCUGAUCCUAGCGGCAUUGCCAGAGCUUUUGCAAGAUGAUGUCCAAUUUGUAAUGCUUGGAUCUGGGGAGAAACAAUAUGAAGACUGGAUGAGAGUAACAGAAUCCCUUUAUAAAGACAAGUUUCGCGGUUGGGUUGGAUUCAAUGUUCCUAUUUCUCACAGGAUAACAGCAGGCUGUGACAUACUAUUAAUGCCCUCAAGAUUUGAACCAUGUGGUCUAAACCAGUUAUAUGCAAUGAGAUAUGGCACUAUACCAGUUGUUCAUGGCACUGGGGGUCUUAAAAACACAGUGGUGAAUUUCAAUCCAUAUGCUAGAGAAGGCAGGGGAGAAGGUACUGGGUGGACUUUUUCUCCUCUAACGAGAGAAAAUAUGCUGGCGGCACUAAGAGUUGCUAUUGGAACAUACAUGGAGCAUAAGUCUUCAUGGGAGGAGUUGAUGAAGAGAGGAAUGGAGAGGGAGAGCUCAUGGGAUAAUGCAGCAGUUCAGUAUGAACAAGUCUUCAAAUGGGCCUUCAUUGAUCCGCCUUAUGUCAGCUGAAUAAUUGAGAAGAAGAGGAAGAAGGUUGGUUCAACAGGCACACUACGAGUUACUUUUGGAUAUUCUUUUUAACCGGGCAUAACUUACUCUGCCUGCCACCAUAUCUUAUUGACUUAGUUACAUUUUGGCCUUGUGGGUAUACAAAUCUCUUAUAACUCCAAUAGCUCUCCUUCUGGAGAGUAUAGGAGAGGACAUGAAACCCCUUGAAUGUCUCAUUCUCAUGAGGCCAGAGUACAUGAUACCUUUUUUUGUGCAUAGUUUUUGUACUAUUGAGCUGUCUUUGGCAAAUACAAAUACAGAACUUUUGAACAGCAACCCUAUACGGUCAAGAAGGGGAUGCAAUCGUGGACUAAAUUUGUUUGCAACAAUGGAGGAGACUAUAUG